GUAAAGUUUUUUGAAACGAUAUUACAUUCGUAUAGGUGAUUUACAUCUUCAAAUAGACUUUUAAGUUCCAAGUUUCAAGAGUUAAUCAUUGAAAGUUGAACAACAUUUACAUAAGUUAUCAUACAAAUGGAAGCUUUCCAUGUUGAUUAUAAUCGAAAACUUAAUAGUGAUCAAUUUUGGUGGUAUAUCUUCACUCAAGUUGAUAUCAAUCAUAAUGGAAAAAUUGAUAAAAAUGAAUUUAAAAAAUAUAUGGAUAAAUAUAAUGGAUUAAUUAGUCGUAAAGAUAUAGAAAAAGCAUUUAAAUAUUGUGAUCGUGAUAAUAAUGGAACAAUUGAAUAUGAAGAAUUUAAAAAAUAUAUGCUUUGUGAAUAAUUAAUUUUAUUUAUUUAAAACAUUUAGAUAAAUAUUCAAAUGAAUUUUAACUUUUAUUUGUUUUUUUGUUUUUUUCUUUUCUUUUCUCCUUUUUUCUUUUUCUUUAAAUUUUACUUCAUUUAUCUUUUGUACAUUGUUCAAGAUUAGUUUUUUUUGUUUUAAUUAUAAUGAAUAUAUGUAUGAUCUUUUUAUUUAUUUAUUUUGGCGGUUUUUUUCAGCUCUUUAUAUAAAUAAAGAUAUUGUUUAUAUUUAUUUCAAAUAAAUUACAAUAAAU